CGACCGUUCCAUGCAAAGCACCAUCGUGUGAUGGGGUUCCAAGCGUCCAUGGGGGAGUUCGUAGAGCUUCCGACACCCACGACGUCCAUAACCAUCCUCUGCGAGACGGUGUAUGUCGUCGUGGGUCUGGCGGCGCUGUACCGCAGCGUCGUGCCACAGUCUCUGCCCAUCACGCGGUUGAAAGUGUUCCAGUACUUAGUCGGUACCUUCAGCUUGAUCCGGUCCAUGUCGUUCGUGACAGACGACUCAUCGGCUCGCAAUAUCAUCAACCGACUGGCGUUGUGCAUUUUCUUCUCGCUCGUCCUCUUCCAAGUGUUCUUCUGGUUCGACAUUGUCAACCCAGCCAUGUCGGCUCGCUCCAAACGUAUCUGGAAUACCUACCUCGCCGUGAACUUUGUCUUUUACGUAUUUGUGCUCGUGCUGCAGCUUGUCAGCCCCGCAGCGCCCAUCAAGCUUGACAAGGAGCCCCGAGUUCAUAUCAACUUCUGGUCCGACCUGCUGCCUGCGCUCCUGGUGGCACUGGGAAGCCUGGGUUGUGCCGGCGGUAUGCUCUACCUCAGCUGGAAGAUGCGCCUUCGCGUGCAACGACUCGUCGGCGAGUUACCCGACUCGACAAUUCAAGCCCUUUACCGCGCGCUUGCGUUCCUCAACACCGUCCUGUUGCUGUCGUCCGGCGUGUUUGCCCUGCGCACGGUUCUGUACUUUCAGCGGCCAUGGUCGAACAAGGAAUGCGGCGCGAUCCAGAACCCCAACAUGUGCAUCCUCGUCGGCUAUGUUCUCCCCGAGAUGGUGCCGUGCGUGUUAUUCCUAGCUUUGAUGCGCCAGGUGGACUCUCGCCUGUGGACGUCCUCCUUUCAUGCCCCGACCGCCGAGACGACGCCACUGCUGCGGAAACAACCAUCCACUGUCUUGGAUUCGCACAACCAAACCAAGUGGCAGCGACCGCUGAAGAGCCACAGUGCCAUCACAAUCAUGAAGCCUCAAACACAUCGAAUCGAGUCCACUUCGCCGCUGCCACAGCUAACCCCCCCGUCCCCGCACAUUUAUACUUCUUUGUUGUUCGAGCCUGCGCUGUACUUGUCGAUUCGGUGCCUGCAAUUAAAUAGUUCGAACCAGGACAAAACGCUCGGUGGGCAGCACAGCGACGGCAAUGGGACCUUCGUCGUCGCUACAUCCACCGCAAACGCUGCAGAGAUUGCACGAACGGAUGUAUGCCUUGGAGAGAGCCCUAUCUACCAUGUCCUCUUGAACGUUCCACGACGAGGUGACGUCAUUCGAUUGCAGGUCUAUGCUGUCCGUAGCGCGUCUGCGUUGAAAGAUUCGGCGCCGCAACUCCUAGGCGAGGUGGUUCUGCGCGAUCUGCAGUCGCUUGUUCCCGGCCGCGCGCAAUCGUUUCGACUUGAUGAUGGGGCUUUGGAGCACAGUCCAUGGGACCCGAUCCAUCCGUCUUUGAGCAACCGACUGCUCGUCGCUCGAUGCGAGGCAUAUUCUACCAUCGAGCCAACGUCCCAGCGCAUGACGCGGGCAUUUGGGUGGCAAGAGGUUGGAUGGAUGGCUGAAGAAGAGCUGGUCGAGAGCCCCUUUACGUGGUCGAUUCCCUUUCAACUGUUGCAAGUUAUCUUGGUGGAUUUGACCGAGAAGCUCAACCAAUUGAGGUCGGCCGCUGAGGUGGAGACUUCGUCAUCGGCCAAGUCGACUCCAUCCGACGACAACCGCAGUUUGCUCAGCGACAUGAUUUAUCACCUGCAGGGCAAUAAACGGAACCGAACCAACCACAAGUGGCGCGUCGAGAUGAUCCAGUGCAUGGAAAAGUACAUGACUGACGUCGAGGCGGCGCUCCUCACGUAUGCGCACGACACGACCCCGCGGUGCCACACGUUCAAGCCCAGCACAAAGAAAGCGGACCCCGAGCUGCGCUUUGUCGCAUUGAAUCUCCACGCACAACUGUUGACCCUGGGCUCCAUGGUGCCAGAACCCGUUGAAGCAACCGAGGCCGGAUGGGACGAGCCGACCCCCAUGCUCGACACAAAUCAGCCUCCAUUUGCGUACCACCAUUUGUUCGGCACCGUCACGGUGGGGGCGUUUGCAGCCCACGUGUACGGGUUUAGUCAAGGAGGGAUUCGCCAGCUACGCGAGAACUGGGAACGACUGCGGGACUUGUCGACUCAAGCGAUUGGCGCGGAUUUAGCCGUCCUGCAGCGAGACAUGCACGCGUUGGAGUGGCACAUUGACCAGCGCCUCGACGUGGCGUUCAGCCAAGCUUUGACCGCCCUCGUCACGUCGUUUCAACAGACACUCUACGUUCACAUGCACAACUCGUCCGAUGCAUCGCCGUUCGUGCCACGGACUCCGGCCCUGUACUUGAAGCAAUUGCAAGAGCAUGGCUUUCUCUUCAGCGUCGAGUCGUUGCUGAGUACGGUGGGGGCGGAGGCGGGAAUGCUCGGAGACAUGGAUGCAGCGGUCAAGGCUUUGGCGCACGUGACGAUCCAGGUGCAUGCGGUGCCGCCAGCGACAUCCGUUGAUGUUCAAAUCACGCCUCACGGCCCGAACGGCCUCGUCAUUUCGCUACCGAUCAUUUUUGGCGACGCCUCCACGUCGCCAUUGCCAAGUGCACACCGCAUCCCUGGUCAAGACCGCGCGUCUGGAGCGGUGUACAAGCCUCCUUUCGUCGACCUUCCGUCGGGAUUGUCAUUGAACAUCCACGUGGUUCCCGUGCUCUUCAAUCAAGGCAUGAACGAAGUACAGACCGUGGCAAAUAAAGUUGGGCGCAGUCAGCUCCAAGAAGACAUCAAUGUCGAAAGCAGUCGGUUGUUUGAAGCGUAUUUGGAGGCGAUCUCGGCGCCACCGUCGAUCAUGGCGAUGUGGGCCACAGUGAAAGCCAAGAUUGAGCAAGCGAAACCUGAAAAAGUGAUGGAUAUCGUCGCCACAACAUCGUGGAUCGCCCGGCACGUGGGUGGCGGUCGUGUGACGUGCUGCAAGAGCGGGAAAGACCGGACGGCCAUGUCGGUGACCCUGGAAGAGGCGACGUGGAUGGUCGAACGCGCACGGAGCUGUCCCAGCGCGUCCGUGCGGCUCGCCAUCGACCGCGACACGGACAACAGCGACAGCCAGCGCAUUGCGGAAUGGACACAGCUGCUGCGGACGUACGGCGUGCGGCGUGAAAAUGCUCGCAAGAACAUCGGGACGGCGCAGUAUGCGUUCAAUGCGUGGCAGAAUUACCUACUUCCGCCCGAGUACAAGUGCCCGCCUGGCACGGGCGGCGGCGGCAAAUCGUAGAACGACCAAAUGAAUCGCGUCUAUUUACGACCACGAAAAGGCAAAGUCGGGAAGGAGGUCGUGCAACAUGGCAUUGUACGGCGCAUAGAACGCACGCAAGCUGUCGCGGAUGGCAUCGUCCAUGGGGGCAUACGCACGCGUGUUUUGCCGCGCC